AUCUCUUUCGCUGCUUUUUCAUCCUUUUCCAGUUUCCCUUCGGAGUACUUAAAUCCACUCGGAAAGUAACUCACGAAACAGACGCAGCCUGUUCUCUUGGUAUUGAGUGACCUAGUGGGUCAUCGAAGCAAUCAGACACGGCUACAAUGCUCCCUCUCGGUGCUGCUAGACUCCCUGUAUCUUCUUUCGGCAGGCGAUUCGCGAGUUCCGCUUCUGAAGCCGGAAAGUACAAGAUCCUUGUUGUUGGUGCUGGCAGUGGAGGCCUUUCUGUUGCGAACCAAAUAUUCGACCGAUUCAAGUCUGCCGGAAAACCGUUGAAUGCUGGAGAUGUCGCCAUUAUAGAUCCUGCAGACAGCCAUUACUACCAGCCUGGAUGGACUCUAGUUGGUGCCGGACUGAAGAACAAGUCGGAAACUGUCAAGCCUCUGCCAUCUCUUAUCCCCAACCACCUCACUCUCAUUUCUGACCGCGUUCAAACAUUCUCCCCGACCUCUUCCUCGGUGACCACCGCCUCGGGCCGCAGCAUCUCUUACGAGUCGCUGGUUGUGGCAGCGGGCAUCAAGAUCAACUGGGAUGCGAUUCCUGGUCUGCCGCAAGCGUUGAUGAACGCGACGUCCGGAGUCUCGUCCAUCUACUCCUACGAGACAUGUGACAAGGUCUGGAACGACAUCGACGCUCUGCGCUCUGGCACAGCGAUUUUCACACAGCCUGCCGGCGUGGUCAAAUGCGCAGGAGCCCCCCAGAAAAUUAUGUGGAUGGCCUGGGAUCGCUACAGGCGCAGCAAUCGCGGAAGCAAAGUAAACGUCGAUUUUUACACCGGCAUGCCCUCUAUGUUCAGCGUCAAGAAGUACUCUGACAAACUGAACGAACUGCGUAUUUCCCGUGGGGUGGGAGGGUUCUUUGGGCACAAUCUUGUGUCCAUCGACGAUGCCAAGCACCAGGCAACCUUCAAGAAAGGGGACGGAUCCACCGUCAGCGUCGAUUACACGCUUCUACACGUCACUCCGCCUAUGGGUCCUCUGGAUUUCAUCAAGAACUCCCCCAUUGCAGACAGCACCGGAUGGGUCAGCGUGGACCAACAAACCCUGCGUCACACCAAUCCCGAAUUCGGCAACAUCUGGGCCAUCGGAGACUGCUCGUCGCUCCCCACCUCGAAGACCGCCGCAGCCAUCACUGCGCAAGCACCCGUUCUCAGCGAGAAUCUCUUCUCGGUUGUUGAUUCUGGAAAGCUGAGCUCUGCUGCCUACGAUGGAUACACGAGCUGCCCGCUGCUUACUGGGUACAACGAGUUGAUGCUGGCGGAAUUUAAGUACGGUCUCGAGCCCAAGGAAAGCUUCGGCAGUCAAUUCGACCAGUCCAAGAGCAACCGGUUAUUCUACCACUUCAAAAAGGACCUAUUCCCAUGGGUGUAUUGGAAAUACAUGGUCAAGGGUCAGUGGUAUGGCAACCAAGCAACUUUCAGGCCGAAGUACACCUAAUCGACUCGAACGGAGACCUUCGAGGCACAAGUCAGCCAGUCAAACUCUCCAAGGCACAUAUUGCAUUGGUUGGUGGUUACAUGCACAAGCUGAUGUAGAUAGAAACAAUAAUAAGGAUACAGACAUUCCAUGCGUCGCGUGACUACUUUGUAGUACUGGCUGAAGAGAACUUGGUGACAGACUUCGUCCCUAACCAACGAUGAGCCAGCUUUGAAUGGUGAUUCAGAAGGAGACACACCCUCGCUGAUGGCGUGUUUCGCCAGCUCUCCAGGCAGGAUAAGGCGCACGCUAGUCUGAAUCUCCCGCGACGAGAUGGUAGACUUCUUCGAGUACUGAGCGAGCUCUGCAGACAGUCAACCAAGGGAGAUGACAGCGCAGCGCGGAACGUACUCGAGGCCUCCGACGCAAUCCGCUCAAAGAUGUCGUUGACGAACGAGUUCAAGAUAGACAUGGCCUUGUUGGAGAUACCCGUGUCCGGAUGGACUUGGCG